AUGGCUCAGAGAGGAGUCCAGCAGGAGAAAAUCUCUUGUUCCAUCUGUUUGGAUCUACUGAAGGAUCCGGUGACUAUUCCUUGUGGACACAGUUACUGUAUGAACUGCAUUAAAGACUGCUGGGAUGGAGAAGAUCAGAGGAGAAUCUACAACUGUCCUCAGUGCAGGAAAACCUUCAGGCAGAGACCUGUCCUCAAAAAAAACAUCAUGCUAGCAGAGUUGGUGGAAGAUUUGAAGAAGACUGGACUAAAAGCUGCUCCAGCUGAUCACUGCUAUGCUGGACCUGAUGAUGUGGCCUGUGAUGUCUGCACUGGGAGGAAGAUGAAAGCUGUCAAGUCCUGCUUAACGUGUUCAGCUUCUUACUGUGGGGAUCACCUCCAACCUCACUAUUAUACUCCACCAUUAAAAAUGCACAAGCUGGUGAAUCCAUCCCAGAAGCUGCAGGAGAGUAUCUGCUCUUGUCAUAAUAGGGUGUUGGAGAUCUUCUGUCAUACUGAUCAGCAGUGUAUCUGUUAUCUCUGCACUAUGGAUGAACAUAAAGGCCAUGAAACAGUCCCAGCUGCAGCAGAAAGGGCUGAGAAGCAGAAGAAGCUCCAGGAGAGACGACAACAAAUCCAUCAGAGAAUCCAGGACCAAGAGAAAGAUGUGAAGCUGCUUCAACAGGAGGUGGAGGCCAUCAAUGUCUCUGCUGAUAAAGCAGUGGAGGACAGUGAGAAGAUCUUCACUGAGCUGAUCCGUCUCCUCCAGGAAAGAAGCUCUGAUGUGAAGCAGCAGAUCAGAUCCCAGCAGGAAACUGAAGUGAGUCGAGUCAAAGAUGUUCAGGAGAAGCUGGAGCAGAAGAUCACUGAGCUGAAGAGGAAAGACGCUGAGCUGGAGCAGCUCUCACACACAGAGGAUCACAUCCAGUUUCUCCUCAACUACCCCUCACUGCCAGCACUCAGUGAGUCUAAAGGCUCAUCCAGGAUCGAUAUCUGUCCUCUGAGACACUUUGAGGACGUGGCACCAGCUGUGUCAGAGCUCAGAGAUCAACUACAGGACGUCCUGAGAGAAACAUGGAGAAACAUCUCAGAUGCAGUAGCUAGAGUGGAGAUUCUACUGUCAGAACUAGAACCAACUGCCAUGGAAGUGGCUGGUCAAUGUUUAAAGACUGUAUACCAUACCCCUGAUCACUCAAGUUGGACACGCAGGCCAUUCGUCCCCCCGCCCCGCUCCAUAGCCAACCCUCCACCCCCACCUGCAUCCUCUCUUUUCUCCACAGCUGAAUCCCCACCCCAACCACUCUUCCCCUCACCACCAUUAUUUAUGAUGAGAUCAAGGGGACGAGCGGGGAGACGGCUAUGAAAACCAACUGGCCUAGAAAUCUUAGUUCUGGUACUGGCACCGGGACAUUGACUGAACCAACAGUUCCUCGGAGCAGGGCCGUGCAGAGAUCUUUGGAGCUGCAGGGUUUCAUCGUUAAAAAGGUUCAUUGAACAAGAUCUUAAAACAACAUACAACAACAUAGGAACAACCCAUCAAGAAUCUAAUAUUUAAUUGGAUCCUACUGUGUCCCUGUCAUCAUGUGGGGACAAUGCAAAGCAAAUGUAGUCUUUUUUCUUGAUAGGUGUAAAGUUGUGGUUUCUGCUGCUGACAGCUGAAGGAUUGUGUUGAUCUGAGACUGUAGCUGUUAGACUAUAGGAGAGAAGGUCGCUGGUUAUGAAGUUAUGAAAUAAGCAAAUUUCCUGCUUUUUUACUAAAUAAAUCCAAAUAAUAUCUGACUGUCUAUAACAACUUGGCUGCUUUAAACAUUGAAAAAGCUCAGAGGGGUUAACUCUGCAUAAUGUUUUUGAUGUUAGCACCUCUGAGAAUUUUAAGAUUUAAAAAAUAUCAGGGCAAAGAAAAGUCAGUAGCUGCUGGUAGGGCCUGUCCAGACAUUCAGGGGCCCAUCCAGACAUUCAGGGGCCCAUCCAGACAUUCAGGGGCCCAUCCAGACAUUCAUGGGCCCCGUCCAGACAUUCAUGGGCCCCGUCCAGACCUUCAGGGGCCCCGUCCAGACAUUCAGGGGCCCCGUCCAGACCUUCAGGGGCCCAUCCAGACAUUCAGGGGCCCCGUCCAGACCUUCAGGGGCCCAUCCAGACAUUCAGGGGCCCCGUCCAGACCUUCAGGGGCCCCGUCCAGACCUUCAGGGGCCCAUCCAGACAUUCAGGGGCCCCGUCCAGACCUUCAGGGGCCCAUCCAGACAUUCAAGGGCCCGUCCAAACAUUCAAGGGCCCCUCCAGACAUUCAGGGGCCCGUCCAGACAUUCUAUAAAUACUUGAAUGUAACACAGACCACAGACCUAAAACUGUAGCAUUCAUUUCUUUUGACAAUGACGAUGCUGUUAAAUUUUACUUUAAUGUUUUCAGCAGAGAUAGAAUAAAAAUGGGUUCAGCGUCACAGAGGAGGUUUUGGUUUCCCGGCUUUAUGGGGUGGAUAUUUUCCGAUCUCUGAGCAGAUGUGUGAACCGCCUGGUAGUAACAUUAGGUUAAGGUGAAGCAGAGAGCGAACAGUGAACAGGUGGUACCGGGGAUCUGAGCUGCGUCGCGGCGACAUUCUUGGUACCGUUUCUUUAUAUCAGGAUAUCUGGUUCUGACCCACAGCGGUGGGACCGACUCAGGCUGUCUGUAGCGAACCAGGCAUUUAGUCCAGCACUGGGGCAGAAUGAUAAAAUUAAAGUUAUAAGUUUUCUCUGCAGCCGAACCAUUUGUGUGUUGGGGAGUGAGGAGGGAUUUUCCCGCUAUCACGACGAGAAUUACAAAAUAAAUAGAAACGUUCUCUAACUUCAACAUCAAACUUACAUUUUUAUUCACAAACAGGUGUAUGUUGAAUAAAAUAGUAUACAUUCUUGCCCAUAAUGUAAUAGUUGAUGCAGUUCCACCCUCCUCAACUUUACCUUGAGCCUGGUGUCUUAACAACAUGGAGGCAGAGGCACUAAUAAAAGAUGAAAAAAGUGGCUUGCAAGCAGGAAGUGAAGAUAUUUGACUAGAGGGAAUCCUCUUCAGGGAUUUUUAGUUCUUUAGAGCCACCUACUGGUAGUUUGGUGCAGCUGCAGGCAAGAAGUUCUUCAGCCACAUGCUCAGAAAAAAUGGAAGCUGGUGGAAACUCAUGUACACAGAUGUCACAGGAAACAAUCAACAAGUGAUCACUGAACUAAUGAUCCCUUAAACCGAUGAUGGGGACCCAGCAUCUCCAAGAGACUGUGGUAAUUUGGACCAAAGAAACACGAUGUGCAGAAAUUUUACAAUACUUUAAGAGUGAAUACCUCACUAGUUAUGUUUCAGGUUUUUGGUUUAAAUUGUAAUUUUCCAUACAUGAUAUAAUCUUCUUUUGUUGGUCUAAAAAGAAAGUUAAGGAGGUUAGAUUUUAAUCAUUUGAAUGAUAUGUAAUUCUGUUAGUCUUUGUUUUACAGAAAAGGCAACAAAAAAAAUGCAAGAGGAGAAUAAUCUGAGAAGUAACUAAUAAUGAUUUAAUUUGUCUUGUUUGAUAGUAGAUGAAGUCUGUGUAUUAAUAAAUGAUUCUCAUAAUCUUGCA